CGGGUGUCAGCUGAUCCUCCUUCACUGGCGAGUGGGGAGGAAAAUCAGCUGAAGGAAAACACUGCUGGCUACUUCCAACCAUGGCUGCGGAGAUUCAUUCAAGGCCCCAGACGGCCAGACCGGUCCUUCUCAACAAGAUCGAGGGCCACUCAGACGCGGUCAAUGCGGCCGUUUUAAUACCCAAAGAGGAUGGAGUCAUCACUGUUAGCGAGGACAGAACCAUCCGGGUGUGGCUGAAGAGAGACAGCGGUCAAUACUGGCCGAGCAUCUACCACACAGUGUCCUCUCCAUGUUCUUGCAUGUCGUACCACCACGACAGCAGACGCAUCUUCAUAGGACAGGACAAUGGAGCUGUUGUGGAGUUUCUCAUCUCUGAAGAUUUCAACAAGAUGAACCACGUCAAAACAUAUCCAGCACACCAGAACCGGGUGUCAGAUAUGGUGUUCUCCCUGGAGAGUGAGUGGGUGGUGAGUACUGGCCAUGACAAGAGUGUGAGCUGGAUGUGCACCCAGAGUGGCAGCAUGCUGGGGAGACAUUACUUCACUGCCUGGGCCUCCUGCCUGCAAUACGAUCACGAGACGCAGCAUGCCUUUGUUGGCGAUUACUCCGGACAGAUCACCCUGCUGAAACUGGAGAAGCAGACGUACUCCACCAUCACUACACUGAAGGGUCACGAAGGUAGUAUAGGAACCCUGUGGUGGGACCCUGUCCAGAGGCUGCUCUUCUCAGGGGCCUCUGACCACAGUGUCAUCAUGUGGGACAUCGGGGGCCGCAAAGGACGAACGCUACUGUUGCAGGGACAUCAUGAGCGUGUUCAGUCCAUACGUUACCUCCAGCUGACGAGGCAGCUGGUUUCGUGCUCAGCCGAUGGAGGCAUCGCAGUAUGGAACAUGGACACACAGAGAGAAGAGGCGCCUCAAUGGUUAGACAGCGACUCUUGUCAGAAGUGUGAGCAGCCUUUCUUCUGGAAUAUCAAGCAGAUGUGGGAUACUAAGACUCUGGGGCUCAGACAGCACCACUGCAGGAAGUGUGGCAAAGCCGUGUGUGGAAAAUGUAGCUCUAAACGCUCCACGUUCCCAAUCAUGGGCUUCGAGUUCCCUGUGCGGGUGUGUGACGCCUGCUUCGACACCAUCAAGGAAGAAGAUCGAACACCGUUGGCCACUUUCCAUGAGGGGAAACACAACAUCGCCCACAUGGACAUGGACCCAUCCAGAGGCCUCAUGGUCACUUGUGGAAGCGACCGCAUUGUUAAGAUCUGGGAUAUGACACAGGUGGUUGGCAGUAGCUUAGCAACAGGCUUCUCCCCGCGCUGAUUGGCCCGGUGCCCCCUCUCGCCCCAAGCUCCGCCCACUCUUCCAGUGUCAUGGAAACCCCUCUGUACAGUGCAUCUCCCCACCACGCCUGGGAUCUUCAGCUGCAACCAGGCCGCUCUCGGUGAAUGUGUGUGUGUGUGUGUGUGUGUGAGAGAGUGUGUGUGUCAGUAGUACAACCCUCCACAUUCCUUUUGCUUCUCAUGACAAACUUCUCUUUGAUUUCACUAAUGGUCAGUCUUACAUUGAAGUGUGUUGGACUGAUUUUGACUCUUUGCUCUGAUCUGAAACAGAACCCUAAGCACAAUGGUGUGUGUGGUGUGUGUACACAUGUGUGCAUGUAUUGUAAUGGUUUCUCCUAUAGGAGGAAUGGUAUUGAUAUUAGUGUUUAUAUUCCGUAUAACUAAUGCUUCUUUUGACAGUAGUCAUUUUUUAUUGCCCUUGCACUGUAAAGUUCGCCUUCACUAUAUCGCUGACCUGCCAUUCCUGUAAAAACAAACUCUUCUCUUGCUCAUUAUUGUGGCCCACUAACUGCAUACUACUCCAUCACUGUAAACCCCCCCCAUCAUGUGUACAUACCCCUGCAUCAUGUGUAUAGUAGAUGCUUGAAAUGACUCACUGAUCAAAGUGAUCUUUUUCCUCUCUCUCUCUUUCUAUCUUUCUGAUUUCUUUGUCUCUUUCACUAGUUGGCCUUAAAUCACUCUCAGGAGGUUUUACAUCGGUAGGGUAUCACUAGGUGGGGUUCCGAUGAUGUCAGUCGUACCCAUUAGUAAUGUGUAGUCACUGAAGCGUGGUGAGAGAAUCAGUAAAACGGCCUCUUUGAUAGACCGAGGAAUUCUCUUGAUGCACCCACAGUCUCUGCCGUAGAGAUUGGACGCGGCUGUCAGAUGUUUGCAUGACAGCGGCGACCCAGCGUCCACCUCACGAUCACAGGUGAGGCAUGGGAAACUGAAAUGUGUUGCCAUGGGAACAAGCGCUGAGAGGGGCAACAUCCUGUGGCAGCCGUUCAGGGGUGUACCUAGAGGAAACGCGAUUAUUGGGACUUGUGAUCAUUUUGGUGUUGUGGAUUGGAUUUUACGCUGGUAGAAGAAAGUUAAAAAAACUAAAAUAAAAUCCGCACAGCACCACCGCUUCCUAGAAUUGUAUGACUCUCUUCAGAAAAUUCAGAUAAGUAUUACAAGUGUUUGUGGUGCAGAAUUGGAUUUCGUGCUCCUUGAAAGGCCCUCAGGUACUGGACCGGUACUCUGAACUAAAUGUAGCAGUAAAUGUUGGCGUGUUGAAUCGUCUCCAGCUAAAUGUGAGGUCAGAUCAGGGCUGCCUGUGCUCCUUCAAAAGCCUUAAAGAGAGAAGACGCACUCAGAGCCUUCUUAGUGGUUUGUCAGCGCUUACGACUGUUCACUCAUGUUCAUUCACACUCAAGCACUCUGGAUGUCUCGUUUUCCUUUCAUCCUGUUUUUUUUCUUCAUUUCUUUUCACUUUCUGUCCUCAUUCGUCCUAUCUAACCCACACACACACACACACACAUCUGUGCAUCAAGGAUGUCUCAUAACGCUCUCAGCACUGCACUGAAUUGCACAACUUGGGAUCUCUGUCUUUUGAAUCGGAACGUUUUUGUACGUUCAGACGUGAGAGAGAUAAUAGCUGGAUUCGAUGUAGCGUCCUUGUAAAUAGCGACUAAUAUCUAACAUUACACUAACGCUUGCCUUAUUGUAAGUGGGGGAAAAUGAGCAUUAUAAUGUUCCUGGUUUCAAAAUGUAGUCACAUUCCAGUUUUUUGAUCAUGUAGUGUAUAUUUAUAUUUGUAGUAAAGUAUUUAUCUAUCACUGUAAAUGGUGGUUUACUUUUCUUUGUGCCCAUUCGGUAGUCCUCCCCCCCCCUUAAACAAACUGGAACAUAUUAAACACUCUUUUUAUGAAGCACAUGCAGACUCAGAAAUGUUGAGGUGAGCUGCAGCGUCAGAUCAUCUGGUGUUCUAUACGCUAAUAAUGGUGGAGACUGAUUGGUUAGCAGAGUGACAUAUAGCUGCGAUUGCUUUCAUCAUCAGGAACUUAAUAUGUAGAUACUUGGGGUUAGACUGAAAGCUGACACUGAAUAAGAAUAGCUGUUUUUUUUUUUUUUUUUUACAUCUGUCUCUAAAAAUAGAGUUUUGUCAGGGUGUAAAAGCCUCUGAAAUAGGGCUUUUUUCCAUCAUGGAUACUAAGCUCUUGAAUAAAAUAUGCCUUAAAUUUAUAUACUCAAUGAUAUUAAAAAUAAAUGGAAAAGUAUGUUAUGAAAGCUGCAUUAACUGAUUUUGUUUUGACAGCUCCGUGCAGCUAGUCUAGCUGAAAACAUAACAGUGACAUCACUUCAUAGAGCUGCUGGGGUGAAUGUGUAAUCAAGAAGUUGCCUAUUCAUGUUACAGACAGUUAUGGCAUCUUUUGUUAAAGUAAAAAAAACACAAAAAAACAGAUUGGUGCAGGUUUAAUUAUCUAAAAUAUCUACAAACGGUAAACUUGUUCAAGAAGUAAAGCUACAUUGGCUCUUUUUGUUGCUGUUGUAUUUUUUUACUUUUUGCCAUUUGCUCACACCAGAAUUAGACUAAACAGCACUGACACAAAAUCAUUGUGACAAAUAUGCACAAAAACAGUUAAAAACUCUGUGAAAUAUGUUAUCUAUCACGUUAUGCAAGGCAGGUGGAGCGCAGUGGGUUUAUCAGAGCUUUUUAUUGAAGACAGCUGGCUGGAACUGUCAUUUAUAAAAGCAGGAAGACUGAACAGAAAUAGUAAAAUAGCGUAAUGUAAAACUAAAACAAUGAUCUUUAUGGCAUAAAUUAUCUGACGGAGCUGAGAAACUUCAGCGUAAGAUAAUAAUUCCUCCAGGGCUCGCCAUUACAAGUGACCCCUUUCAAAUUAUACAUGGUCACUUGAUUAAUUACUAAUGUGAUAAAACUUAUUAGUGCAGCUUUAAAGUAUAUACUUCCAAGACUUAAAUGGUAUCUGAACUUCUGCCAUAUUAGAUAAGCAGUCAACCCUGAUAUGUCAGUCUAACCCCAAGUAUUCUAAACCCUCAUGUCACGUGGUGUCAUCAGGGAUCUACAGGGUUUAUGGCGAUGCUACCGUACAAUCAGGAGUCCCAGCUCUCCUUUCCUGUUUGAGUUAACUGGACAUGGAAGCUUCUUCCAGUCAUUUCUUCUUAUCGUGUGUCUGAACCAGGCGCAGCAGAUAGACGAGAUGUUAAAGGUAUGAUAGAUGGCAGGAUUGGCUGUUUGCAGGAAUAGCUCAUGUAUUAGAUCUUCAGCUUGCCUGCCAGUCGCAGGAAGGAAGCGAUGGAUUUUGUCUUGUUGUAAAUGGUUUAUGUCCAUUUCUUUCACCAGAUGGUGCAGUUAUAGGAGGCAUUUAGUUUUUGUCAUCUUUAGUUGGACACACUGGGAUGGGUGGUGGCCACAUCGACAUUAAAACGUGACUCAUUUUCCACGACACCAUGGCCUGUAAUCUCAAACUCUGCAAAUUGAUUUCUGUUUGAAUUUUUCUCCUCAAAACUGCUUGUAAAAAAAAACACUUGCUGUUCCAACAGGAUGUUGUUAAUGUAUAUCUCCAAAUAACUGUAUUUUUAAAGACUUUUGUUGAUGAUACAGUACUGACUUUAGUCUCACUGUGGCCUCAAACCAGAGCACAGAGAGAAAAAUGAUGCUUAAUAAAGAUAUUUGAUAUGUUUA